AUGGCCUCCGCCGCUGCUUGCGAAGGAGUCUGGGAGAAAUUUACAAGCGCGAGGCGGCGGCGUGGCACGCAGAUAAGGGCCGAAUCUCCCAAGGCCCCUUCCGUCUCGGGGCGGCCCGAGGUCCAGGCAGCGGGCGCCGCUGCGCGUGGAGCUGACGUGCGGCGGGCCGUAAAUCAGGGUCGUGGGCAGAAGCCGCCGCGAGAGCUGGAGGAGGGGCGCCCGCUGCCGUGUGCAGCGAAGCACCCGCUGCCGCGCCGAACACGCCUCAGGGACGCGACGGGGCGUCGGGACCCACGAAGAGAGGCAGCGUCUCCUGACGCUGCGUCGACGGCUGCUGAGUGGGCGCCGGACAAGGCGCUGCGGUGUCAGACUCCUUGGGGGCGCCCAAGGAAAGCGGCUGCAGGACAGGCUGCACAGCCACCGCUUGGGAAGGCGGCCCGGCUGCGGGGUCGACGUCCAUCAGAUCCGAAGGCGGUGGCGACUGAAGAGGGACCGCAGGCGCCGGAGCGACCACCUGGGGCGCUCCCGGAUGAAGCUGCGCGGGAGGCAUCAACGGGACGGGCUGUCGGCGUGGUAGCGGCGACGGCUGCUGCUGCUGCCCUGGGGGCGGCAGCGAAGUCGGAAGGCGCGGCUGGAUACCGCCGCGGACCAAAUCUGUGGACUAAGAACGAGCGGCAGAAUCCGGGCGGCCAAGAGGCGGCGGCGAGCGGCGCAGCCUCCUCCGUCAGCGUCCGAGCCGGGCGCACCGCGCCGAGCCUGCUGUCAUGA